AUUUCAUUCAUAUUAGUUUUGUUCCGUCUGUACUCAUCGCCACGUCAUCACACCUCGCCGGCUAUCUUUGCCCUCCGGCGAAACGACCGAUUCCGUGUUCAAUCAAACUUCUCGCCCGCUACUUUCUCUCUCUAUAUGUAUAUAUUUGUCAUUGUAUAAUCGUAACAACAUAACCGUUCAUUCCUAUAUACACGCAGAGCUCGCCGCCUCUUUCUUUCUCUAUACUCUUCCGUUUUAUCUAUCUCUCUGUCUACACUUCCUCUCUUUCUCUCUCUAGAAUGAAUGAAAAUUCUCCGGCGAUUAUUUCGGAGAACCACCACCAAUUCCCCAUCCUUCGAUCUGUGAUCUGACCGGAUGAUUAUGCAUCCAUUUUGUUGCGUCUCUACGAUUCACGACCGGAACGGCACGAAUCUGCAAGAGCUACCUUCUAUGCCUUCUACGAUCCCUGCCGGCGUUGGAGUCAGAUCCGAAUCGGCGAAGCAAUCCGGCGAACAAAUCCACAAUCACAGCGACUAUGGCCGGCUGAGCCAUAGGGCCGUCGCGCCGUCGCUGGCGGAGUCUCUGUCUCGGAUACCGUCGAAGCGUGACUUGACGGCGGCACAAUUCUUCGCCGGUGAUAUUCGGGAAGUGAAGAUCAACGAUAUAGUAGGUAAUGGAAUAUCAGGUGUUCUGUAUAAGUGGGUGAAUUACGGCAAAGGAUGGAGACCGAGAUGGUUUGUGUUGCAAGAUGGUGUUCUGUCGUAUUACAAGAUCCAUGGACCUGAUAAGAUUGUGGUCAAUCAAGUGACCGAGAAAGGAUCGAAAGUUAUCGGAGAAGAGUCGCUCCGGCGACUCUCUCGCCAUAGGAAUGGUACCUCUCAGUUUCGGCGCAAUCCUGUUGGUGAAGUCCAUCUCAAGGUUUCAUCAAUCCGUGAGAGCAGAUCAGAUGACAAGAGGUUUUCAAUUUUUACGGGUACUAAGAGGCUGCAUUUAAAGGCAGAUACACGAGAAGAUCGACUGGCUUGGAUGGAUGCAUUGCAGGCUGUGAAGGACAUGUUCCCCAGAAUGUCCAACAGUGAACUGAUGGCUCCUCUGGAAGUUGCCGUGUCAACAGAAAGGCUGAAGCAGCGGUUACAGGAAGAGGGUGUGAGUGAGACUGCCAUCCAGGACAGUGAGCAGAUCAUGAGGAGUGAGUUUGCAGCAUUGCAGAAUCAGCUUAUGUUGCUUAAGCAGAAGCAUUGGCUCCUCCUUGACACACUGCGGCAAUUAGAGACAGAAAAGGUUGAUUUGGAGAAUACAGUUGUUGAUGAGAGCCAAAGACAAUGGAAGGAGCAUGGGUCUUCCUCUAGAUCAAGGCUAGACAAAUUCAGCGAUGGAAGUGGAACUGAAUCUGAAGAUGACAAUGAAAGAGUGGAUGCUGCAGAGGAAGAAACGGAUGAUGAUUACAAUACUUUCUUUGAUACUCGGGAUUUUCUUUCAUCAUGUUCCUUCAAAAGCAGUGAGUCUGACUUUCGGACAUCAUCUUUCUCUUCUGAUGAUGAAGAACUCUUUGAUUUUGAACCUGAAGAUGGUAUUGACCCUUCCGUUAGAUCUGCUGGAACCAACUUCCCUCAUCUUAAACGUCGUAAGAAAUUGCCAGACCCUGUUGAAAAAGAGAAGGGAGUAAGUCUCUGGUCAAUGAUUAAAGAUAAUAUUGGGAAGGACCUCACAAAAGUUUGUCUCCCUGUCUACUUUAAUGAACCUCUCUCUUCUCUGCAAAAAUGUUAUGAAGAUUUGGAAUGUUCAUAUCUUAUUGACCGGGCAUAUGCAUGGGGAAAAAGGGGUAACAGCCUUAUGAGGAUUCUAAAUGUAGCUGCAUUUGCUGUAUCUGGAUAUGCUUCUACUGAAGGAAGAAACUGCAAACCAUUUAAUCCAUUGCUCGGUGAGACUUAUGAGGCUGACUAUCCAGACAAAGGCCUCCGAUUCUUUUCAGAGAAGGUCAGUCAUCAUCCUAUGAUUGUAGCAUGUCACUGCGAUGGUACAGGAUGGAAAUUUUGGGGAGAUAGCAAUCUUAAAAGCAAAUUUUGGGGUCGCUCGAUCCAGCUUGACCCUGUCGGUACAUUGACUUUGGAAUUUGAUGAUGGAGAAGUCUUUCAAUGGAGUAAGGUAACGACGUCCAUAUACAAUCUAAUAUUGGGAAAACUGUAUUGUGAUCACUAUGGUACAAUGCGUAUAGAGGGAAACGGUGAAUAUUCAUGUAAGCUGAAAUUCAAGGAACAGUCUAUAAUAGAGCGAAAUCCUCACCAGGUACAAGGGAUAGUUCAAGAUAAGAAUGGAAAAACAGUUGCAACUCUUUUCGGGAAAUGGGAUGAGAGCAUGCAUUACGUGAAAGGAGACUGCUCUGGAAAGGGAAAAGGUUUUGAGUCUGUACCGGAAGCUCAUUUGCUCUGGAAGAAGAGCAAGCCUCCGAAGUUCCCGACUAGAUAUAACUUGACACGUUUUGCAAUCACAUUGAAUGAACUCACUCCUGGACUGAAGGAAAAAUUGCCACCUACAGAUUCAAGGCUAAGACCUGAUCAAAGGUGCCUGGAAAAUGGGGAGUAUGAAAUGGCAAAUUCGGAGAAGUUGCGAUUGGAGCAGCGGCAGCGGCAGGCUCGGAAGAUGCAAGAGAGUGGUUGGAAGCCACAGUGGUUCACGAAGGAGAAAGGAAGUGAUACGUAUCGAUACACCGGUGGGUAUUGGGAAGCUAGAGAAAAGGGUAGCUGGGAUUCAUGUCCUGAUAUCUUCGGUCAAAUUCCUUCUGAUCAGAUAUUAGACUGAGCAAGAUUGAAUUAUCUUCUCCUGGUUUCUCUAUUCUUGUUACAUGCUUUUCAUCAAAAUAUUCGAUAGGCGGUUGACAUUGCUGAUAUGAGCCAUUGAGGUGCCCAUGACAUGCAUAUAGGAGUAAAUUAGAUGAAGGUGUUGACAGGCAAUAAAAGCUCUUCUUUUUUUUAUUUUUUUUUAACAAAAUUCUUUUUCGCCCAUCUCGUCUCUGUCGAUUGUAUGGAUACAUUUCUGUUCAUUGAAUGAAGAAAAAAGGCCAUCGAUUUAGCUA